UCCAUUUUCAAAAUUCCGAAGAACCAGGCUGCUUUUCUCCCAAACAAGACAUAUCCAAUCCACCACGGCCGAGAAUACUACCUCGCAAGUCUCGAUGUUUUCCACCAGCUCCAUUGCCUUGUCGGUUAUCUAUUACCAUUCAUUGGCACAGAUGCCGUCUAUAAAGAACAUUACGAUGACCCACAUGCGGACACAGACCACGUAUCUCACUGCAUCGAUGAGAUCCGCCAGUCUUUAAUCGCCGAUGCAUCGGUGAACGUCUGGCAAUGGAGCGACGAUCUUUCUCUCGUCCUUGGAUACAGCUCGCAGGCCCAUAGGUGCCGGAACUUUGACAAGUUGCGAGACUGGGUGCGUGAGCGCCAGAUCGAUCAUUGGAGCGAUAUCAAGGUUUUCGUAGGAGAUGAUUUACCUUUCCCCCCGAUUAUCAGUUAG